UCAGACAAGAACCUCUCUUUCUUUGUCUCCACUCUCUCAAAGUUUUCAACUCUCAAACUCUCUACCUUCGACGCCCUCCUCCUCUUUUCGUGUAUGUCUAUGUGUCCAAGGCACAGAGAAUCCCUUUUUGUACCUCCCAGCCUUUUCUUCUUCCUUUGAGUGAUGGCUGUGAGCUUUCUUCGCUCAUAGGCUUUCCACAUUGCCGUGAUCUUCCUCAUCACCACUUUCUUUCGUCUUAGGUCCUAGAUUACACUGACUUGAACGCAUCAUCCCUUUUUCUUUCUUUCUCUGUUUUAUUACCUCUGGGAAUUCAAAGGACAACAAGCCUAACAAAAGACAGUAGAAAAAAUAGAAACAGAAAGAAAAGCCAUGGCAGGUGGUAAAGUCUGUGAUGGUUCUAAUAUGACUGUUUUGCUUCAAAACGACACUCUCCCUUGUGAUUCUCUCUGGAUUCCCACUUCUCCUGCCACCCUUCCUGCUCCAAAAUCUGUGAUUGACUUCGAGAAUGAUGGUAGAGAGGACACCAUGGACACGCCAUUCUUCCAAGCUCUUGUUAAAGAAGAAAGCGGCGAUGAAGAUUUUGAUGUGUGCCUUAACCCACCAGGCAAGAAAAGGAGGCUCACAGCUAGUCAAGUUCAAUUUCUUGAAAGAAACUUUGAGGUUGAAAAUAAGCUUGAGCCGGAGAGAAAGAUACAGCUUGCUAAGGAACUUGGAUUACAGCCUCGCCAAGUUGCAAUAUGGUUUCAAAAUCGGCGGGCUCGGUUUAAGAACAAACAGCUGGAAAAGAACUAUGACUCUUUGAAAACCAGCUACGAUAAGCUCAAGCUUGAUUAUGACAAUCUCCUGAAGGAGAAUGAGAAUUUGAAAAAUCAGCUUGUUUCCCUGAAAGCGAAGUUGCUGGCUGGCGAGAAAGGGCUGAGAAAUUUAGAACCAGUUGAAGCCAUGAAUCCACCAGAUGCAGAACUUGGAAACCCAGUUGCUAAAACUGUUUCUGAAGUUGUUUCCAAUGCACCAUUGCUGAUACUCAAACAAGAAGAGGCAAGUUCAGCAAAAAGUGAUGUGUUCGAUUCAGAUAGCCCGCAUUCAUUAUUGGAACCGGGUGAUUCUUCUCAUGUUUUUGAGCCAGAUCAUUCAGAUUUCUCACAGGAUGAAGAAGAUGAACUUGGCAGGAGCCUUUUGCCCACACCAUUGUUUCCAAAAUUAUACCAAGAUCUGCCUGCAAAUUCAUGCAGUUUUGAAUUCCCAGUGGAAGAUCAACCAUUUUGGUCCUGGACUUACUGAGUUAAUUAUAUGUCAUAGAUAUAUGAGCUUCCACUUUGCUGCUAAUACAAAUCGAAGUUCUCAGUUGUAAUUAUAUAUUUUCAUUAAAAGUGCUUGCCUUUA